UUUUCAGACCCCUUGAUUGUGUAUAUUAUCAAAAAACUGCAAAAGGCUGAGGGCUUCCUCAAAGGUUUCACACAACGUACUCAUACCCAGACUUUCAGACUGCACCAGUUACCAUUCAAGCCAUCAGCCAGGUUGGAAGCACAAUGACUGUGAGUGAAGUGAUCUACACCUUUUUGGAGGUGCUCAUUGCUGUCAGCUGCUGUUUGGGUAACAUGUUGGUUAUUUUUGCUCUGUGGACCAGUAAGAGCAUCCAGCUUCCCACCUUCUGCCUUAUUGUCUCUCUGGCUGUUGCUGAUUUUUUGGUGGGCUGCGUGGCCAUACCUCUGGCUGUGGUGGUUGACGGACGAGUGGAGACUUCAUUUUACGGCUGCCUCUUCAUCAGCUGCAUGGUCAUCCUGUUGACUUUAGUCUCAGUUUUGUCACUGGUGGCUAUUGCAGUGGACCGUUACCUCCGGGUGUACAUCCCUCUCAGGUACAAACGGACUGUAACACGGAAACAUUCAUGGCGUGCGGUAGCAGCAUGUUGGCUUUUUGCAAUACCACCAAGCUUUGCCCCCAUGUUCGGAUGGUACAACCACGAAACCUUGUCUAAUUCAGUCAACUCUACCAUUGUCUGCCAGUUUAUCAGUGUGAUCCCCAUGUCAUAUCUGGUUUACUUCAGCUUUUUCCUCUGCACUUUGACACCUUUGUUGAUUAUGACUGUAUUGUACGGAUUUGUAUUCUGUACCAUUCGAGGAAACCUCAGAGAGAAACCAGGCAGAAGUGCCCAGAAACAAUCUCAGAACUACCUCAGGAAAGAGAAACAGCUGGCAGGAUCUCUGGCCCUGGUACUGGUCCUGUUUGCCCUGUCCUGGCUCCCUCUCCACAUAAUGAACUGCAUUGCUUACUUUGGUGGGCUGAAUGUUGUACCAGAGGUAGCUUUCUAUGUUGGGAUCCUUCUUUCUCAUGCCAACUCAGCUGUAAACCCAGUUGUGUAUGCGUUCAAAAUACAAAAGAUCAGGACUGCAUACCUGAAGAUAUGGAGACGGUAUAUUGCACGUGGAGAAGAAAAUCAAGCAUCUCAUACAAGCCACACGACAGACAACAACCUCAGCAGUAUCAGUGUGACCAAAAAUGAGUGAAAGUACAUUUCCUUGUUUGUGUGCUUCUUUGCUCUAAACAACCCUGUUUUGACUCUUUAUAUGGGGCACAUUGUCAAAUACAAAUGUUAAUACAACAUUUUCUUUGACUCCUCAGAAUGUAUUUUGUUAAGGUGUCUCACAACUGAUUGUAGAAAUUCAACUGAAGGUAUUAUUUGUCAUGAACAGUUGUGUGUACAGUUUUCCCUGCUAUCAGUCUUAGAGUUAUAAUGUAUUAUCUCUGUAUUAGAUGCACAAGAUUAUUGAUAAGGUCAUCUCACUCUGCAAAAUGGCAAAUUAUUGUACUUCCUCAAAUGUGUUCUAUUAAAAGUGUUGUUUCAAGGCUGUUAGGAAGUGAGAAGUUUCUGUAAUAUUUAUAUCACAGACAGAAAUACAUUGUAAACAUUUGAACUAGACCUGCAGUGUUGUGGUGUUGUAGUAACCAGCAAAAAUUAUAGCUUACAACAGAUUUAUUAUCAUUUCUCACAAUAAAA